GCAUGCCAAUUCGUCACUAGUACAGCACGCCGGUGUUUGUAGAGCAAAUCCAAAAUAUUUACAAUCCGAGUACGACGUUUCGCCAGUAAUAUACCCUUUGGAAUUUCUUUUUACGUGGUUUACGGGAAUUAUUACGUGUUUUAAUGGGUUAUCUCGUGGAACAUUGGAGAGUGUGUUGAUUUGUAUUGUGCGGGUGUCUAGGAAUUACGCUGCGUCAUUCUUAUCAAUUACAAACACCGCAAAAAGAGAUAAGGAAGUGGAAAGGCUAAGGUUUAUCCGCGAUAUCUUUAGCAUUGCUGUUUGAAGUAUUUUUUUAUAAACUGUAGAAAUGGUUAUAACUGUUAGAUAAACAAAAUUAAUUAUUACAACUCAAAAUGUGAAAGCACACUUUUCUAAUUUCUAAAGUUUUAACCCUAAGCAGAGGCGAACAUUCCAAGUUCAAACGGAUUUGAAAUGCGGCAAUAGUAUUUAAAUGCUGGGAUAUUGUUCGAUUAUUUUUUGUUAACUUAAUAAAAGUUAAUUUGGCCAAAGUACGUUUAUGCUGGACAUUAUUUUAGCCAUUGACAUUCGAUAGCUGUAAAUCACUCCUGGCCCCCACACUCUUCAGUCCGCACUGGUGAAGUAUGGUUAAAAAAAACCUCAUCCAUUCUCAAUGGAUAAUUAAUAAGAAUCAAAAAUUUCAGUUUUCAUGGUCAUGUUUGAAGGGACACUUACACUACAGUGCACGAGUGGUGCAAAGGUUGUUUCUGUAAUAAUGUAACACGUGCUUUGGGUAUUAUGUAAUCUCUGGAAGACACUCGACAUUGAAAUUGGCUUUGUGGUUUAUAAUGUAAAAAAUUCGCAAAACGCCCAUUCGUACAUAGUGAUUGGAUAACGCAGAGGGUGGGUUUGGAAAGCCAACUUUUGUUGCAAAUGAAGUGCAAAUUAGAUUAACCGAUUGUGGAACACUUAGGGGUGCCUUUAAAACAAGUUUUGACAACCUCUACGUCAACUCCUUGCUCAACAUUGCCUUUGCCAGCGGCAAAUGUUCUGAUCCGCGAAACACAUCAAUCUUUAACACUUGCACCACCCCCCCCCCCCCCCCCCCCCGACAACGUCCCUUGAGCCCACACCAGCUUAGAACUUUCACACCAGUAUUUCGGUGUGCCAAGCAUGGCAAUGUCAAAUUCAUAGCGACUCUGUUGUAAAAUAAAACCAACCCAUGACAUUCCAGGGGGCCUGGUUAAAGCGUGCUCGUGUAUACCUCAUUCAAUCUUAUCUGGUGAGUUGCAGUGUAGGGGGGUGGUGGUCACAAAACGAGCCAUCAUAAUAGUGUCUGGUGCGUUUGGAGCCUUUCACUUUAUUGGCUGCCCGGACAACAGUGUCAAAGCUUGUGGGACGCGUUUGUCAUGUUCAUUACUGAGAAAAUUCUUUUCAUUAAUGUGCACUGCACCGUGAUGCUUUUUGCACAAUGUUGUGAAUAUGUUUUUUAAAUAAAGCAUUAGUUGAAUCGUAGUUGCUGGCUUGGAGAAAAAACAACCUUUUAGUGGUUGUUAAACAAAAACGUAAAACUUGUUUCAGGAUGCAAUGUUUUGAUUUUCAACGUGAUUUGUUUCUAAUCUUUUUCAAUACCUGUACAAAUAUGUACCAGGAGAACAAUCGUUUAGACUGUAAAGUAGUCGAACCAGUUUUUACAUGUUGUUGACAAUGGUCUGAACUGGAUCCAGUGCUAAAGCUCGAUGUUAUAAAACGGAUUAAACCUGCCUAAUUUUAGGGUAUUUACCUUGUUUUUUUGUACUAUACUGUGCUAAAGUGUAAUCAUUAUCAGCAGCCAUUGUCGACACCGCUUGAUUAAUGCCAUCCCAAGCCAUCUUCUCUGCAUACAAUGAUGGCACAAUCCAUGUAGCUCCUUUGUCAUCACUGCAUGUCUGUGCUCUGGGGCACAUUUUACCCUUCAGCUGCCAUUACGUCACACAUCUUGUCUAUUGUAUAUCUUAGCUUCUCGUGAUGUGUCCUGACCAAUUCCAACUUUCAUAUCGGUCAAUAUGAUGUGCAUUACAUAUGACUGAAUUCUAUUUUUUUCUCUGAUACAGUACAGUUCUUAUUUUCAUCUGUAAUUUGGAACAUAGCUGUCCAUUUCCUUUUCGCUUUUGUUCCAUUUCCAUUGUCAGUGACCAUAUGUCUGGUUCAUGUCACCACAAUUGUCAAAUCCACUGGUUCAAACUAUUCUUUUUGGACAUUGGUACACCGAUUUUUUUUUCAUCAUGAAGUUCAGCUUGACAAAAUAAUUCUAGCCUGUUUGAGUAUACACCUCUGUACUUCAUCCAUUUGAUUCCAAUUUCCCUUCAAUUCAGUGACUACCAUGCACGAAUAAUGUUGCAAAUUUGGCCUGAUAAACAUAAGCAGAAUCAACGUCCUGUCUGAAUAGGCUGCUCAACAAAAUAAAGUUAUUGUUGGAAGUACACAACUUAAAAAUAGUUAAAUCUUUGAUCGAGGUCAAUUAUUAAUGGUAAAUAUAAAGUUAACAUUUUCAUAACUGCGAAAUGUGUUUACAGUGAAAUUAGUGAUCUAAACACGCAAUAUAAUUUACAUUGUCUGUUUAAAAUGAUUUGGUUCGCAUAGAAUGCAUGUUUUCACAACACUUGCUAUUAUUACUCAAACUAAACCAUUGCAUAUCGUAGGUGAACCCCAGGAUUUUGGAGGAGCAGUUGCUUUGGCAAAGGAAAGCCACUGGGGAGGCUUCACGUGGAGUCCCUCGGAGUUUGUGGCCGAUGAUGGCUCAACUGCCGAUGGCCUCAAUCUGGGCGCGGUAGUCGCCGAUCACGAGGAGGGUGUAUUGUUUAUCAUGUACGUGCGAUGUGCCCACCACCUGAAAUGUGCCGUCUCCAGUACCAUGCUCAUCAGCAGCACGGAUGACGGCAUCACCUGGAGUAGACCCAUAAAUAUUUCGCGCCAGGUUGGCACCGACGCAUUUGCUCCGGGCCCAGGCUAUGGCAUUCAGAAAAGGCACGAGCCCAGGAAGGGGCGCUUGAUAGUGUGUGGACACGGCAUGCUCCUGGCGGAUGGAGUUUUCUGCCUCCUGAGCGAUGACCAUGGAAAGACCUGGUUUAACGGAGGUGUCAUGAAGAGCAUUCCAUACAAGCAAAAGAAAGCGGCCGGUGACUUCAACCCUGAUGAAUGCCAGCCUUACGAGCUGCCAGAUGGCUCUGUGGUGGUGAACGCACGCAACCAGAACUUCUACCACUGCCACUGCCGCAUCGUGAUGCAGAGUUUCGAUGGCGGUGAGACCUUCCCAAUUGAGAAUCUCUAUUUUGACAAGUCACUAAUCGACCCUGCAGUGGCUGCUGGCGCUGUAUUGAAAAACCAAGUUGUGUUCUUUACCAAUCCAGCUAGCGGAUCUAAACGCAUAAAUCUAACGCUGAGGUGGAGCUAUAACAAUGGGACGACAUGGCCUGAAUCGCUGCUGAUCUGGCCUGGGCCCAGCGGAUAUUCGGUCAUGGCCAAGCUGGACAAUGACAUAGAGGACAACAACUAUGUCUACAUCCUGUUUGAGAAAGGCCAGGUGGACACUACUGAGUCCAUCUCCUUUGUCAAGGUGCAGCUGUACACACCUGUUUCUGGUCAAUUGUAAAUCUAGUAUUUCAAGAUGAGGUUUUUUUAUUCAUUGCUUUCAUCUUUGGGCUGAUAGAUUUUUCGUGUAAAGAUUCCACGUUUUUUUUGGAAUCUUAUUGGAAAACGUGUCACUUUAUGAUUUCUCAGGGUACGUGAAAAUCGGGAUUUUUCAGAAAUGUUGAAUGCUGUUUGGUGUCAUACUGCUAAUGUUAGUUUGGGGAAGGAAAAGCUGCUGUUUACACUUUGGUCUUUGGUAAUAAUGUGGAAUAUAUUUUAAUAUUGCUUUUGGUGCUCUACUGCAAAUGUAAGACAUUGGUUCUGCCUUGCAAGCUUAAUGCAAUCACAUUGAACUUUGUAAAAGUUUUAUAGAUUUGAAUAUUUUUUUGCCAAAAUAAAAACACUGCAAUUUAAA